GAGGGCCCCACCAUGGCGGGGAAGCAGCCCCCGCCGCUGAUGAAGAAGCACAGCCAGACCGACCUGGUGAGCAGGCUGAAGACACGCAAGAUCCUGGGGGUCGGCGGGGAGGAUGAUGACGGCGAGGUGCAUCGCUCAAAGAUUAGCCAAGUGUUGGGAAAUGAAAUCAAGUUUGCUGUCCGGGAACCACUGGGGCUCAGGGUCUGGCAGCUGGUUUCCGCCGUCAUGUUUUCGGGGGUUGCCAUCAUGGCGCUUGCUUUCCCUGACCAGCUUUACGAUGCCAUCUUCGAGGAGGAACCGGCGAGCAGCAAGAUUCCCAUCCGGCUCUAUGGAGGAGCCCUCCUCAGCAUCUCUCUCAUCAUGUGGAACGCUCUCUACACGGCGGAAAAGGUGAUUAUCCGCUGGACCCUGCUGACUGAGGCCUGCUACUUCGCCGUGCAGUUCCUGGUUACCACUGUCUCCCUGGUUGAGAGUAGCCGGAUAGCCACCGGUGCCAUGCUCCUCCUGGUCAGCAGAGUCCUCUUCAUCCUCAUCAGCAUUUAUUAUUACUACCAAGUCGGACGCCGUCCCAAAAAAGUCUAAAUCCUGAGCUUUUUGUUACGGGAAGGGGGGGGGG